ACAGCUGAUCAUGUUUUUAAAUCAUCUGAUUCAUAGGAAUGCAAUGUAUUAUUUACAUUUUGCAUUAUUUUGUUUUGGCUCAGAGGGCAGAACAUUUUUAAAAAUUUCUGUAUGUUUAGGCUUGUGAAAUUUUUUAGUUGAAGAUUUCAUUGAAAUGGAGUGAUUAUUUUCAAUGAAAAUAACUAAACGGUUCAAUCUGAUCAUUUGGAAAAUUCUUUAGUACAGGUAAUAGGGAUAACCGCUACUGUAGGCCUACAGAAACUGCUAAUCCAAAUCAUAGUAGCACAAAUAUGAAAGGCGAUAGUCAAGAUAAUGAUGAAUUAAGUUUUUUCCCAUUCGAUUCGACUCCUAGUGGAAAACUUAAGGUUUCUCCUGAAAAGUGCAGGUUGUAUUUGAGUCGAACAAGAUGAGCAUUCUCUUGGCUAAUCCACAAAAUACGAUGAUCAAGUUGAAUGGUGAAGUUGCAAACAAAGUGAUAGCAACAGUCAACUCUUUUGUUCUAAAAACAGAUUUAUCCGAGCUGAUGCUUGACAACUACAAAAUGGGAGUGAGAGGAGCUGAUGGAGACUAUCCAAGCAAAAGCGAGAAAAGAAACACCAAGACAAAGGAGAAUACUGCUACUGAACAUCGAAAGGACAGUGAUAAAGUUUCUGUCUGUUCAUCAGCUUCUCAAAAUGAAACCAGUUUGAAAAGAAUGGGCUGUACAUUUGAUGAACAGAUCAAUUGGUCAAAGAUAUCAUUACCCGAAAAGUCCGAUCUUCAUAAGCUGCUCCAGCAUAGAAUAACCAAUUCUAUAAAUCCAGAUUUUGCUGUGAAGAUUGGGAAAGUUGAAUUUUACUGUCAUUUAUUGGUUCUUGAGUGUUAUUCGUCUUUUUUUGAGAAUUUGGAAAGAAACGUUAAAUCAAAAGAUUUACCUGAGUCACAUGUGUCAAAAGAUGCGUUUCGUUCCAUCUAUGACUGGAUGAUUCACCCAAACCGUGACAGUUAUCAGCUCUUGAGAAGAGACAAUAUUCUUGAAAUUUUCAUGGCUGCACAGUAUCUGCACGUCAAAGAGCUGGAGGAGCAGUGUUGGGCUUUCAUCGACAACGAAGACCUGUUCAGCGAGGACACGGCCUUCCUGCUCUACCUGGACGCGCGUCGGCUGCAGAACGUCAUCAUAAUGGACCUCAUGGUUCCCCGCAUUCAGCGCUUCUUCCUCAUGCUUGUCAGCUCCAGGGAUUGGCUGCAGCUCCAAGUCAGCGAAAUAUGCGUUUUUCUACAGUCAAACUAUAUAUGUAUACACUGUGAAAUGGAGGUGUUCAUGUCGGGCGUGCGCUGGCUGAUGAGCGACUGGCAGGCGAGAAGCGCGCACCUGGUGGAGAUAAUGCGGUGCGUGCGAUUCGGCCUGAUUGCGCCCUGGCAGUUGGUCGACAUCCGCCGCAAUCCCGAGUCGCCCGAGUUCAUCGAGGUCACCAAGCAUCCCGACGUCUCCAAAAUGGUCGAGGACGGUCUUGCAUUCGCCAUCAUAAAAUACUGGUAUGGCCAUGAAUCUCAUGAAUACAAUCACUGGAUCGAUCUUCUUGGUCUGUCUGAGCCAGCGAGCAGGAAUUGGGCUGGAACUGAAAAGAGAUAUCUAGCCUAUAAAGAAUUCAUCGAGGAGCUGAAUUGCUACAGAAUGCAGCCAACAGAGGAUGGCGAAGAGGCGAUAGGCCCGACUGCGCAAGCGCACAAGUCAUCGGAUCCACCACCAUCAUCAUCAUCAGCAGCAGCAGCGGCGGUGGCCUCACCAGUUCCCAUUAUAGCUGACGUCAUUGCCCAACGAGGCCUGCAUCUGCCCGGGCCCAGUACCAGUCACCAACCGAAACUUCCCAAUAAAUCUGGAAAACGGUGACAUUCCCUUAUUUCUGAUUGAUUUCUGCCCUACUCAAUUUCGUCGUACUGUCCAUAAUGUAAAAAUUGUUUCAAGUUGUGUACUCGCUUGUGGAAUAAAUAAAUUUCUGUACAA